GGAAAUCAAGUCCAUGAUUUCAUAGUCGUAAGUAAGGGACUCUAAUUCUUUGCCUUCUGAAAUGCCAGAUGAUGCUUUAGCCAGCAGGAAUUUAGUCAGUGGUCGAUGACAGAUCUACUACUAAGAAUGCUGGCUUCUUUUAUUUCCCAUAUCUCUUUGUUCGCGUUCCACUGAUUUAUAAGUAUCACCUGCACCCUGGAUACGUGUAGUUCGAAGCUUUCCGAAUCACCACUCACGUUGCCCACUAAUCUUUGAUCUGGAUACUCAAGAUCUUACAGCUCUGAAUAUUCCCCCAAAACUGUAUACGAUUUUGAUAUCAUCUGUGACUGGUCCGACUCACCCGCCAUGUCGUCCAACCCUGCGCCCACUGUCCUUACCCAGCUUCCGCUCGGAGAGGGUUCCCGUACUCGGUACAGCGAUGUCGAGUUACGUGAGUACUUUGAGUGCAUUAAGCUCCCACAGAAGUAUCUGGAAUCACCUGUGCUAAAAGACACCACCCAGGCCAGAACCAGAGAGCAUGGGCUGCCCUUGCUGCAGGCCCUGACACGCUACCAUACCUGUAAUGUGCCUUUUGAGAACCUCGUACUGCAUUAUUCCACACAUAAGACCGUCACACUUGACCUGUCGGAUCUCUACACCAAGAUCGUUCGCCGCCGGCUUGGCGGGCGAUGUAUGGAAAACAACACCUUUUUCGCCACCGUGCUUCGCUCCAUCGGCUAUGAGGUACGCAACUGCGGAGGUCGCGUGGCGCGGGCAAUGAGUCCCUACCCAGAGGUCCGGCGCCAUCAGAGCAACACUUAUGAGGGGUGGAACCACAUGCUCAACCUUGUUCGACUGGAUGCGGAGUGGUACGUUGUAGAUGUCGGCAUGACCAAGGGUCCCAACCUUCCUUAUCCGCUGCGUGACGGAUUCCAGACGACCAGCAUCGCCCCACGUUUGAUCCGCGUGCAGUUACGCCCUAUACCCGAGUCGUAUGCGAGGCAUUCUGCCAAUAGCACCGGACCACCGAGGAUGUGGUGCUUCGAUGUCUGCUACAACCCAGCGGAUGACGCCAAGAAAGAGUGGUUGCCAGUCUAUUGCUUCACGGAGACAGAGUUCUUGCCCCAGGACUACGAAGUCAUGUCCUGGUUCACAUCAACAAACCCGCGAUCCUGGUUCACCAGAUACAUCACCUGUACGAAAAUGAUUAUGGACGAGGAUGAGGAGGUAAUAGUGGGUAGUAUCACGUUGUUCCAGGACACGGUGAGAGAAACAAUUGGCGCCAAUACCAGGGUCAUCAAGGUGUGCCAGACAGAAGAUGAGCGUUUACAAGCGCUGGCUGAAAUCUUUAACGUGUACCUGACAGAUGAGGAGAAGAAGGGGAUUCCAGAUGAUCGGAAAUUAGCAUGA